AUGACAAUCGUGACAAAACGAUGGGAGAAUACCGCGAAUGACAUAAAUCUCAAUAUAUAUAAACGAUUGAUACCAAUCGAACGUCAAAUAUUCAACUUCAAAAAGAAUGGCAUCAAAAUCGACUUAAAGGUCAUUCCAUCGGUUAGGAAUGAUUCAGUGAAAAAUAAGAACGAUGAUUAUUUUCCGGAGUUUCCCAUAAGGGACAUAGGCAAAUGCAUUAUCAAAUUUUCGCUUGGUUGCAUCAAAAAACGCUUUAUCCAUUUCAUAGAAACAGUAGGUCGCCUCGAUGAAAUCACAUUACUUGGACGAGAUGUAAAGUUGGUGAAGACCGGAAUAGCACGUAGAUACAAUGCUCGAUCUAUGAAUGACUCGGAUGUCAGUAUCGAGCGCAGCGUAGAUGAUUUCUUCGAUUCCUUUACUCUGCGUAUCACGCUGCCUAGAUGGAAUAAUAAGCAAGAAAAGAAUCAAAUUGAUGUGAUGUUUGAUGAGACAGCUGUAGCAGAAGGACGAGGAAAGAAAGGUGGAGGUGGAUGUGGUGGAGGCAAAGGCGGAAAAUGCAAGAUGAUGAUGAUGGGCAUGAUGAUGAUGCUUAAAAUGAAGCUCAUAGGAUUGAUGUCGUUAAAAAGUAUGAUGAUGGGCGGAAUGUCUCUAAUGGUUUCAAUGAUGAUGUUGAUGAGCAAAUUCGGAAAAGGAGGAGGAGGAGGCCCUUGGAAAGGAGGAGGCGGCGGAGGAGGAGGGGGUAAAAUUGCCGUUUUUAUGUUUUGUUUAAUUGUAGUGUCUAAUUGUGUUAAAGAAGGUCCAAAAAUGGCCAAAAUUGGUCUCAAAUGGACACCAUUAAUACCUAUGCAGUUGUCAUUUUGA